AUGGUUAAACAGAGUAUUAUCGCACUUGCCGAGCAUGCGGCUUCCAGGGCUUCAAGAGUUAUUCCUCCAGUGAAGCUAGCUUACAAAAAUAUGCUCAGGGAUCCUUCUUCCAAGUAUAAGCCGUUCAACGCUCCAAAACUAUCUAAUAGAAAAUGGCCGGACAACCGGAUCACGAAAGCUCCCCGUUGGUUGUCGACGGACUUAAGAGAUGGUAACCAGUCUCUACCGGACCCUAUGUCCGUGGAGCAGAAGAAGGAAUACUUCCACAAGCUGGUCAACAUUGGAUUCAAAGAAAUCGAGGUUUCUUUCCCAUCUGCAUCUCAGACAGAUUUCGACUUCACCAGGUACGCCGUAGAAAACGCACCAGAUGAUGUUAGUGUCCAAUGUCUUGUCCAGUCCAGAGAGCAUCUGAUCAAGAGAACCGUCGAAGCCUUGACUGGUGCUAAGAGAGCUACGAUCCAUACCUACUUGGCAACAAGUGAUAUGUUCCGUGAAAUCGUGUUCAACAUGUCCAGAGAAGAAGCCAUUUCCAAGGCCGUUGAGGCCACCAAAUUGGUUAAAAAGCUAACUAAGGACGAUCCCUCACAACAAGCUACUCGUUGGUCCUAUGAAUUUUCCCCAGAAUGUUUCAGCGACACUCCGGGAGAGUUUGCCGUGGAGAUCUGCGAGGCUGUUAAGAAAGCUUGGGAGCCCACUGAGGAAAAUCCAAUCAUCUUCAACUUACCUGCCACCGUGGAAGCUGCCUCUCCGAACGUUUACGCCGACCAGAUUGAGUAUUUUUCUACCCACAUCACUGAGCGUGAGAAGGUCUGCAUCUCCACGCAUUGCCACAACGACCGUGGUUGCGGUGUCGCCGCCACGGAAUUAGGCAUGCUUGCCGGUGCUGAUCGUGUAGAAGGUUGUCUUUUUGGUAACGGUGAACGUACAGGUAAUGUUGAUUUGGUCACCGUGGCCAUGAAUAUGUACACCCAUGGCGUCCCCCCUAACUUGGAUUUCUCCGAUUUGACUUCCGUCCUUGAUGUAGUUGAACGUUGUAACAAGAUUCCUGUUUCGCAAAGAGCCCCAUACGGUGGUGACUUGGUCGUUUGUGCCUUCUCCGGUUCUCACCAAGACGCCAUCAAGAAGGGUUUCAACUUGCAGAACAAGAAACGCGCUCAAGGUGAUGCUCAAUGGAGAAUCCCAUACUUGCCAUUGGAUCCAAAGGAUAUCGGCCGUGACUACGAAGCUGUUAUCAGAGUCAACUCCCAAUCCGGUAAGGGUGGUGCCGCUUGGGUUAUCCUAAGAUCUCUAGGUUUGGAUCUCCCAAGAAACAUGCAAAUCGAAUUUUCCAGCGCCGUUCAGGACCAUGCCGAUUCCUUGGGUAGAGAGUUGAAAUCAGACGAAAUUUCCAAGUUGUUCAAAGAAGCCUACAAUUAUAACGACGAGCAGUACCAAGCUAUUAGCUUAGUCAACUACAAUGUGGAGAAAUUCGGUACCGAACGUAGAGUUUUCACUGGCCAAGUCAAGGUGGGCGACAAAAUCGUCGAUAUCGAAGGUACAGGUAACGGUCCAAUCUCCUCCUUGGUCGAUGCCCUAUCCAACCUGUUGAACGUAAGAUUUGCUGUCGCAAACUACACGGAGCACUCUCUAGGGUCUGGCUCUUCUACUCAAGCCGCAUCUUACAUCCAUCUAUCGUACAGACGCAAUACAGACAACGAAAAGGCUUUCAAAUGGGGUGUAGGUGUCUCUGAAGACGUCGGUGACUCUUCCGUAAGGGCCAUAUUUGCCACCAUCAACAACAUUAUUCACUCGGGCGAUGUAUCCAUUCCAGCUUUGGCUAAUACCGAAGGUAAAAGCGCUGCAGCAUCGGGCUCUGCAUAA